AUCAGCGUCCUUUGCUUUGCGUCGUCGUCGGCCAUUCAACGACUUCAAGCGUCAAAACGUUUAUGUAACAUUUUUCCAAAAGUCUGAACGAGUAUCUUUGUCCCGUAAAGGGUAAAAGUUCAUUUUAAUGCAUUCAUACUUUUGUUUAACAAGCUGUCAGCUGUAUCAUAAUGUAGCUAUCGUUUUCUGUUACACGCCGGUCGACGAUAGCUAUUAGCUUUGUUAACCACUCUGUAUCCUGCUGCAUGUAACCACACAGGCCGUGUGCUGCUUUGUUUUUAACAAUGUAUCCCUCUUGGGGAAAUUACGGUGCACCUCCAUCGCAAAGCUAUGGUGGGCCAGGGCCUCGUAAACCUCCGGGUGGCAGCCAUACUAGCACGGCUGCAGGGUUCGGCGGGUUCGAGGCCUCGCCUGGGGGUUCGCUUUUUUCUAGCCUUCAGGAACAACACCUCCAACAGAUGCAGCAGCUGCAGAUGCUGCACCAGAAACAGCUUCAAUCUGUGUUGCAUCACGGGAACAGUGGCCCUGCGUACGGCGGCGGGGGUGGUGGAUAUUCGGGGUCAUCGUGGCAGACAGAAGGGUCAGGGCAUGUAGAAGGUGGUGAUGGUGCUCAGUCGUAUUAUAAACCAGAAGAGACUUCGGGUCAGACGACGCGAGGUCCCCCAGCUCCGAAACAGGGUCUUCAGCAGCCUCCUCCGCCUCCACCACAGCCGCACCACACCGAACCCCAACCGGUUCCUCCCCCUCCAGAGUCCCAGCCACCCAAACCUCCAGAAAACAAUGGUACAUCCAAUACCAAAGAUGUCAACAACAAAGAUUCAUCUGCAGUAGAAGACAACAAAUCUUUACCCUUGCAGGAGCAGCAGCAGCUUUGGUAUAAGCAACAUCUUCAGAAUCUACAAAAACUGAGACAAGAGAGGAGCAAACAGUUUCAGAAGGAGGGUGAAGCCUCUAUGCCACCGCAACCCUCUGCAAGUAAAGCACUUCCUCCUCUCCCACCCUCUGACCCACCAAAAAACACACCACCUCCACCCCCUCCCAAGGAAGAACCCCCUGUGCCACCUCCACCUCCUGUGGAAGUAAGGAGUGAAAAUGUAGGAAACUCACCUACAUUUACAGACACACCCGAGGUUCCAAAAGAUCCAGAAGAAGCUGCCCGUCUCCAGCAACUGCAGGCAGCAGCAGCACAGUGGCAGCAGGUGCAACAGCAGAGAGCAGGUUUACAAUACCAAGCUCUCAUGCAACAACAUGAAAAGCUUCAGCAGAUCCUGGAGCAAUACCAGCAGUUGAUUCAGCAAUCUUCUAACCUGCAGUCAAUGUCUGCUGAAAUGCAGCUCAGGCACUAUGAAGUGCAACAGCAGCAGUUUACUCCUUUAUUCCAAGAUUGGGAUCGCUCUUUUGCCUUGUGGUAUGAACAGUUCCAGACAUAUCCCCACAAAGACCAACUUCAGGACUAUGAGCAUCAGUGGAAACAGUGGCAGGAGCAGAUGAAUGCCACUAAUGCUCACCUUCAAGAAAGGGUGGCUACCCUUACUGCCAUGGUGCCAUUUGCCUCAAGUCAGUAUAAGAGUGCAGUGAUAGGACAGUUUGGCCAGUACCCUGGACAAGAGAUGCAAAUGCAGCAGCAGGCAUUAAACCCAGGUAUCCAGCAGACUGCACUUGCUGCUGGGCCCAAUACUGCGGGUCAGCCCCCUGGCUUUGGAGCGCACUCAGAAUCACACACUGGACCCCCUGUUCAAGGAAGUGUUCCUACUAGCGUAGGAGUCAGGCCCCCAGGUCCCCUGACUGUGCCACCGCCAAGCUUCAGCAGUGUUGGAGGGCAACGGGUAAGCAGAUUUGACCAACCACCACAAGAUUUUGAUGGUCCCCCAAGGUUUGAUCAACCACAGCAGCGAUUUGAUGGUCCUCCAAGGUUAGACCAGCCACAGCAGCAUUUUGACGGCCCUCCCAGGUUUGAACAAUCACAGCAGCACUUUGAUGGCCCCCAAAGGUUCAACAAACCACAGCAGCGUUUUGAUGUUUCACCUCGAUUUGACCAACCACGCCAGCGCUUUGAUGGUCCACAUAGAUUUGACCAACCACGGCAACACUUUGAUGGUCCCCCCAGAUUUGACCAGCCACGCCAACGCUUUGAUGGGCCACCCAGAUUUGACCAACCACGGCAACGCUUUGAUGGUCCCCCCAGAUUUGACCAGCCACGGCAGCGCUUUGAUGGGCCCUCUAGAUUUGACCAACCUCGAUUUGGACAGCAGCCUAGAUUUGAAUCCUCGAGGCCCCCUGGCCCUUCACCUUGUACUGAAUCUCCUGGAGCGCCUCAUCAAAAACAACCAGGUCCUCAACCUAAGACAGAAGCAGCAACUCAGCAACCUGCUAAAAAUGUGUCCAAGACUUCAGAAAAGACAGCUGGUGAGCCCCAGUCUGUUAAAGAAAAAAAUGAACCAGAUAAAAAGACAAAGGUUGAAGACUUGACAGAUGACAGUCUGCUAGGAACUGAGGGCUUUUUUGUUCAAAAUGACCCUAUUCCUCAGACGUUACCCGCUAGCACAGACUCAGAGGAAAAGGAUGGCAAGAAUUCAUCUGAUGUUAAUGAAAAACCUAAACCUGGUAAUAAUAAGCCGCCCGUGUCGACUGCCUCUGCUGUGGUGGCAAAAACUCCCGCACAAACCUCUGUCAAACAAGAAGGACCGUUGACAGACAGCAAACCACCCCAGAUUCAAAAGCCAGCUGGGAUCCAACCACAAGGUUCAGGUCAGAUGCAGGCAAGGCCAGAACCUCCAAAGCCUCCCUUGGGGAGGGGGCGGGGUCAGCCCCUAUUGUGUGGUCGGGGGCGUGGACAGAUGGGUUCUGGGGAAUUCAGGGGACCAAGCACUGUUCCAGCUGGGGAGGAGAUUGGAGAAAUGCCAUUUGACUAUAGGCCACCUGAAGAGAGUAUGGGGAUGCCGGAGGAGCAAGAGGGCUACCACUGGCAAAAUCCUUCGUACGAGGAAUUUGGUGAUGAUGAAUCAGAGAUGCCUCCUGAAGAAACAUGGAUGCCAGAAGAACAUUACUUUCAAGAAGAUGAGUAUUAUGAAGAGCCCAUAGGACCGCAUAUGGGAAGAGGCAGACCCCCAAUGAUGAGAGGAGGGGCCCCACUUGGAAGAGGAGGUCAACCAAUGGGCAGAGGGGGACCACCAAUGGGGAGAGGAGUUCCACCCAUGGGAAGAGGGGGUCCUUCAAUGGGCAGAGGGGGACCGCCCAUUGGCAGAGGGGGUCCGCCCGUUGGCAGAGGAGGUCCACCCAUGGGCAGAGGAGGUCCCCCCAUGGGCAGGGGAGGUCCACCAGUGGGCAGAGGAGGUCCUCCCAUGGGCAGAGGAGGCCCUCCCAUGGGUAGAGGGGGACCUCCCAUAGGCAGGGGAGGUCUACCAAUGGGUCGAGGUGAGCCAAUGGACAGGCACUGGGAAGAUGUUGAGUCAGCUGAGUACUCAGAGGAAGGGGACCCUUACUGGGGAGAAUGGAGGCCUCCAAUGAGAGGGAUGAGACCCCCAUUUCCACCUGGACGAGGUCGUCCUCCACGUGGGCACCCUGGUUUUAUGCCCCCAGGACGUGGACGCCCACCCCACCCAGCACACGGACCAAUGGAUCAUGAGCGAUUAGGACAUGAAUUGGACUCUGAUGAUACCAAUAUUGAUCCAUCAAUGCACUCAGUGUACCAUGGACAUGACCCUUAUAGCCAUCCAAUGCACCCUGAUGUAGGAAGAGACAGGCGACGCAUACCACCACCACCUCAUGAAAUUAUGGAAGAGCCAUUAUAUGAUGAAGAAAGAGAGCAGGAUUGGCCUCCACAACAUGGCAGAGGCCCUCCCCUGCCUCCUCAUGAGAUAAUAGAUAGGGGAGGAAAGAGGGGGCGACCUAUGGGCCGAGGAAUAGCAAGGGGCAUGUGGCGGCCAGGUCCAGCACGUGAGGAAUAUGAAGAGGGGUAUAGGGAGGGUUACUCUGUGGAUUAUGAUCACGGGGAAGAUGGGUUUCGCUGGCGUUCAGCUAAGGACUAUCCUCCUGAUGACUACCGUCAAGAUGCUAAGUACUUUCAGUCUGAGUGGGAUAGAGAACGUUCUCUUUCUGAAAGAGACUAUCUUCCCCGCAUGCUACCACCAGAACACAUAAGAGAUGGGCAAUGGCAAGAAGAAACUGAGAGAGGCCACUCUUAUGCAUAUGAUGAUCCUGGUAGGGGAAGAGGAGAACUCAGAAUUCGUGAAUACGGGGAUGAACCACCAUACAGACAAGAAGAGGCACCACUUUCAGACUGGAAUAGGCCCUCAAGGCUUCCUCCACCAUCAGAGAGGGGCUAUCCUGAUUAUCCAGACCAUAGACUCCGCUAUGAUGAGCACAGAGAGGAGCCCUCUUUGGAUAUACUGCCUCCUCCACCGCCUGCUGCAUGUGUCACAGAUGUGUCUGAGAAUUCACCUGAACCAGCAGCUCAAGGAGCAAGUGGAGCAAAUGUUCUUGCACUGUCCCAACGUCAGCAUGAGAUAAUCUUGAAAGCUGCUCAAGAGCUUAAACAAAUAAGGGAACUGCAGGAGUCAAAGACCCCUAGCACAGAACAACAGCCCAGUGAAACUCUGCCUGAGCUACCUGCUGGUCUCCUUGGUUUGGAGAUUCCACCAGAUGUUAGGAAUGUUCUGAAGGGUAUGACUGCAGCUGCACAGACUGCUGUUACUGAACCAGUUUCCUGGGAAAACAAAUCUGUAGAUUACACACCAUCUCUCUCUGCUGCACCCAUACCUCAGAUGAUUCCUAAGACUGUUGAUUAUGGACAUGGGCAUGAGCCUGGUGCCACUGUUGAGCGCAUUUCUUAUGGGGAGAGAAUAGUCCUGAGGCCUGACCCGCUGUCUUCAGACAGGGGCUAUGAAAAAGAACUGCUUGGCCUCAGAGACCCUUACAGCAGAGACCCAUAUUAUGAAAGACGAUCAGACCCGUACAUGGAACGCAGAGAGUACAGCCGAGAGAGGGAAUUAUACAGAGAAAAACCUCCUGAAUAUGAAAGAGAGAGAUUUGAGAGGGAACGCUUUAUUUCACGUGAGAGAGAUGACAGCACACAUGUCUUGGUUGAAGAAAGGUCUCCACUGGCUCCUGCUCUGCGCUCAGGAUACAGGGAUAGAGACAGAGAUGUUCGAGACAGUGAUCGAAGUGGCAGUCGUGAUCCAGAUGAGCAUUAUGGAAGACCUGGCUAUGACAGAGCUCCAUAUGAGCGCUCCAGCCUUGACCGCAUUGGGCCUGAACGUUACACCUCACCUUACAUGGACAGAAGAGGUUUUCCAGAGGACAGAGGGCCUCCUGCUGCAGCACCCCUCCCACCCCCACCACCAGCCCCAAGAGUUGAGAAAAAGCCUGAAAUCAAGAAUAUUGAUGAUAUUCUCAAACCACCUGGAAGAUUAUCGCGACCUGAGAGGAUUGUCAUCAUAAUGAGAGGUCUCCCAGGAAGUGGAAAAAGCCACGUUGCCAAGCUCAUACGGGACAAGGAAGUUGAAUGUGGUGGUGCACCUCCAAGAGUUCUUGUUUUGGAUGAUUAUUUCAUGACAGAAGUCGAGAAAGUUGAGAAAGACCCAGACACGGGGAAGAGGGUCAAAACCAAGGUUCUUGAGUAUGAGUAUGAGCCAGAGAUGGAGGACACCUACCGGAGCAGUAUGCUUAAAACAUUCAAGAAAACUCUGGAUGAUGGCUUUUUUCCCUUCAUCAUUAUCGACACGGUUAAUGACCGAGUUAAACAUUUUGAUCAGUUCUGGAGUGCAGCCAAAACUAAAGGCUUCGAGGUGUAUGUGGCUGAAAUCACGGCUGACACUCAGACUUGUUCAAAGAGGAAUGUCCACGGGCGCACUCAUAAAGAUAUAUCAAAGAUGUCCAACCACUGGGAAUCUUCACCACGUCAUAUGGUGCGCUUGGAUGUCCGGUCCUUGCUUCAAGAUGCUGCUAUAGAGGAGGUUGAAAUGGAAGACUUCAACCCUGAUGAUGAGCCAGUGGAACCCAAGAAGGAGGAAGAAGAAGAGGGCGAUCUGGGUUAUGUUCCGAAAAGCAAAUGGGAGAUGGACACAUCUGAGGCCAAACUUGACAAAUUGGAUGGUCUGGUGAGUGGUGGGAAGAGAAAACGUGAAGGUGAACAAUCGUCAGACCUGGAGGACUACCUUCAGCUGCCAGAUGACUAUGCUACACGCAUGUCUGAACCAGGAAAGAAAAGGGUUCGAUGGGCUGAUCUUGAAGAGCAAAAGGAUGCAGAUCGCAAGCGUGCUAUUGGUUUUGUGGUGGGUCAAACAGAUUGGGAAAGAAUAACAGAUGAGAGCGGCCAGCUGGCACAAAGAGCUCUCAACCGUACAAAGUAUUUCUAAGAAGAUAACAAUCUUAUCCUACAGUUCGGUUUAUAGAAAGCUGUCCAGAAUGUGAACAUGCUCCAGCCUAACGGUGGCGAAAUGCUUAUCGAGAGGAUACUACCAAUAGUUCUCAAAUUCUUUGUCAAGUAACUAAUGAUACAAAAUCUGCUCCACCCCCUCCUCCCACUGGAUAUUCACAUUGUAGUUCGUAGUUUAUCAUUUGUGCUACUGAUGUCCAUGCAUUCAGUCAUUAUUUUGCUUUUUAUCUUUAAUGCUUCUGUUUUAUACUCUUCCAGCUUCAUGUACUGUAAACCUGUUGCACUGUUUUUCAUCAGUGUGUAGUUGAAAGAGACAAUAAAAGUUUCUCCAAACUUUCAACUUGAGAGUUAUCAGUUGGGUUUCAUGAUAAAGAAACUCAAUAUAAUGGCAAAAUUAAAAAACGAAAAAAGCAUGUUGGUCAAACCUACCUGUAUUUAUAUUUUUAUCUUAAAAGGCUCCUUUUUUUAACCCUAAGUAUGUGUUGGCUUCCAUGACAGUUUGAUCAGACUGAAGCAAAUUUCAGUGUGACCCCCGUUCCAUGAAGUGAAUUUGUGCCUCUAGAUUCCUGGAACCCCUAACUGGUUAAAUGAAGCAAAGUUUAAAAUAAGUUUUUUCCUUAAUUUCAUGGUUUUUACUUUGUAAAGUAAAUGCAUAAUUUAGAAACUUAGAAACACCAGAUCACACAUUUUUAACAAGCUUUAUUGGUCAUUAAAGUGGUUUUAUGUUGGAUUCCUAAAUGACUACGAUGACAUUUUCCUUGUUAACAUUUUCACUUUGUCAGAAGUAAAUUGUGUACCACACACACACACACACACAAUUAAUAAUUUCUGAUCACUUAUAUACAUUAUCAUAGUUAACAUUUAAUAUUAAAAACGGUAAUUUAGUGUUUGCAGGUGUAUUAAGACAAAUUAUAAAUACUUAAUACUUAAGCAUUUAAAUUGUCUGAGGAUUUUCAGCCUCCAGCUUAAAAUGAUGCUGUUCUUUACAGAAGAGCUCGUUCAAUUAGAUUUUUUUUUAAGCAAUAUAGUUGCUUCUCAGAGUAACAACAUGAAAGCAUGUUUGCAAACUUAUAACAUCGUUCUUUUUUUAUGUUCAGAACUUGAUGUGGAAAAAGUCCUCAUGCACAGGACCAAAUGUAUGUUUUUAGGUUGGGGUUUUAAUUUUAAAUUGAUAUUGUUC